AUGAGACUCGUCUACCUCCUUCUCCCCUUGUGCCUGGGGCUACCAAUCACCGUUCCCGUCGAAGGCACGGAAGUAUACCAGCUCCAACACCAACUCCAACACCCUGAAUAUCACCAACAACAACAGCAACAGACAAUCCUUGCACAAAACCACUCAGAGGAAAACCGAUCACAAAUCCAACCUAGCUCUAGUUCCCAUGGCUCAUUCAUCAACCUCAACCUCAACCUCCGCAAGCUCAAGCUCAAUCCCAACCACCAGUCCAAAACCAACAACAACGAUACCAACCAACCCACCGACAAAAUCCUCCAAGCAUACCUCCACACCCUCCACACCUCCCACCUCUGCGCCCACGCCCUCUCGCAACACGGCCCCGAGCUCCUAGUCCUCGCGCUCUUCUCCCUCCUCCCCGUCACCCUCUGCAUCCUCGCCAUCGCAGAGCGCAUCGCCCGCUCCUGGACCGUAGAGGCGUAUCCCGAGCGCGGGCGCGACAGGCGCCGGUUUUUGGGUCGAGAGCGGCGAUGUCUGAUGCAGGCGAGGAGGGAGAGGGAGAAGCGGGCUGUGCUGGAAAGGGGGUGGUGGAUUGCGGAGCGGAAGCGUUGA